AUGGACAAGAUACUAGAAGCUGUGAUGAUGUCUUCCUACCCCAACAACGUGAAACAAGGGCUAGUGAGACGCGUCAUCGAGGCAAUAAAGCAGCCCAUGGACAGCGAGCAGUGCUGGUCUAUGCUAGAACUCUCCACCAAGCUCUACCUCAUGGGCGACACCAAGUUUAAGAGAGAGAUCGGCAAAGAAGUUUUGGAAGUUUAUGGCCACUACCACCCGGAGGAGUUUGAGGAGUUCUUCAAUGUCCAAUUCCUCCUGAGUCUCCUCCAGGAAGGUUACGGGCCUGCGGGGAAAAGGAGCCCUUACGUAUUAGAUUAUAUCCACCUGGGACUGCAGUUUGUCUUGGAAAGCCCGUCAGCUAGUGACAUUUUCAGCCUGCUGAGGAUUGAAGUGCUCCGCAAAGUCUGCGAGCGGCCUGGGCCCAAGCAGUGCGCUAAGAUCAGUAAGCUCUUAUCCCUGCAUCCUCAAUGUGUUCCCACAGGCAAACACCAGAUUUUGUUUUGCCAGCAGCUGAUACGGUGCAUCGGGCAAUUCCAGUGCAUCUCAGAAGGAGAAGAUGACAUCAUGGAGUUUCUAGACCAUGUGAACAAAGUGAGCGGACUGUUGCAGAAGAUCUGGAGAGCUCAGACUUCCUCCAUUCUGCCAUCCUUGAAGGAGCUUUUUACUAUCAUUUCUUCAACAGAGGAGCAGGAAGCUCCAUCGAAUGCCUUAGCCAGCGUGGUCCAGUACGUUCCACUAGAGCUCAUGGAUGGUGUCAUAAGAAACCUAACCAACGAUGACAGCAUAACGGAUGUGCAGAUGAUGACCGCGAUCAGUAGGAUGAUUGACUGGGUCUCUUGGCCCCUAGGGAAGAACAUCGACAAAUGGAUCAUCGCUCUAUUGAAGGGUUUGGCUGCAGUGAAAAAGUUCAGCAUCUUGAUUGAAGUCACUCUUCUGAAAAUUGAAAAGGUCUUUUCCAAGUUGCUGUACCCCAUUGUGAGGGACGGAGCGCUGUCCGUUCUACUGUACAUGCUGCUGAGUUUCCAGCACUCGCAUGAAGCAUUCCACUUGCUUCUUCCCCACAUUCCCAGACUGGUGGCCUCUCUGAACAAGGAAGACUCCAACUCCGCAACAAGCUGCCUGGAACAGCUGGCCGAGCUGAUCCACUCUAUGUUCUUCCGGUUUUCAGGAUUUCCAGAUCUCUAUGAGCCGGUCAUGGAAGCAGUCAAAGCUCUUCCAAUUCCAAAUGAAGACCGAAUUAAACAUUUACUGGGACAAAAUGCUUGGACCUCCCAGAAGAAUGAGCUGGCCUGUUUCUACCCACGUCUAGCUUCCAAAUCUGACACAGGGAAGAUUGGGUUAAUUAACCUGGGGAACACCUGCUACAUGAACAGCAUCAUUCAGGCUCUUUUCAUGGCCUCCGACUUUAGGCACUCGGUGCUGAAUUUAACCGAAAGCAAUUCUCAGCCCUUGAUGACAAAGCUCCAGUGGCUCUUUGCAUUUCUGGAGCACAGUCAGCGACCUGCUAUCUCACCUGAAGGCUUCCUCUCGGCCUCCUGGCCUCCUUGGUUUAGCCCCGGAGCUCAGCAGGACUGUUCCGAAUACCUGAAGUACCUGCUGGAUCGGCUACAUGAAGAAGAGAAAACUGGGAAAAGAAUUUACCAAAAGCUUAAAGAGUCCAACUUGAUGCCUCAGGCUGAGGAGCACCACUACUUAAACAAGACAUUAAUUGAGAAAAUGUUCGGGGGUAAGAUGAUGACAAAAAUCCGCUGUCUGAAGUGUCUAAAUGUCUCCUCCCGAGAAGAAGCCUUCACAGACCUGUCCUUGGCUUUCCCACCGUCCAACAGACACGUGCGUCGGCAGAGCCACACAGCGGUUUUACCAGUGGAAGAAAUCGGCCCACAGAUUAUUGAGCCACCCAUAAAACCACAGAGUCAGCUAACAGAAUCUCCAAGGAGGCAAAGGAAGCACCCCGUGUCUGGAGAACCUCCCAUCCAGCUCUUGCCAAUAGAAACAGUAGGGUUCCAGGAAGCAGAGGGACAAGAGACUCCUUUCAUCUUGAGAUCCGACAGAGAUCACGUCAGCUUGGAGAAAGUGAAAGAUCCACUGUUGGCUUUUGGAGAGCAGACCUGUGGCUCCGAGGACUCCAGAUCUGUCCCGGACUUGAUCAACUAUUUCUUAUCACCGGAGGUGCUGACAUCCGAGAAUAAAUAUCACUGUGAGAAGUGCGCUUCCCUGCAAGAUGCGGAGAAAGUGGCCGAGCUGACGGAGGGGCCACACUACCUCGUCCUCACCCUGUUGAGGUUCUCCUUUGACCUGAGGACCAUGAAGAGGAAGAAGAUCCUGGAUAACGUCUCAAUUCCAUUGGUGCUGAAGCUGCCGGUCCUGGUUGCCUCGGAGGACUCCGGUGAAGUAGGCCAGAACAGGAAUGAUAGGGCUGCCUCAUGCAAUGGAUUUGUGUCCGUGGUGUAUGAUCUCUGUAGCGUGGUGGUCCAUUCCGGAGUCUCCUCAGAGAGUGGUCAUUACUAUUGUUAUGCCAGAGAUUGUAUCAGUACUAGUGCCAGCAGCCAGCCAAGGGACGGAGCGCAGAAAAGCACGUCAGACAAGCAGUUGGACUUUGAAAUCCAGUGGUACCUCUUCAACGACACCAGGGUGUCCUUUUCCUCCUUCGAAUCAGUCAGCAACGUGACCUCUUUCUUCCCCAAAGACACGGCUUACGUGCUCUUCUACAGGCAGCGGCCAUGGAAGCAGAGCUGGGCUGUGCACGAGGCCGUUUCAGAUGCCGUCCAGCUGCACGGGGAACCUUCUCCCAAUAAAGACUUGAUGGAAGCCAUUUCCAAAGAUAACAUCCUGUAUUUGCAGGAGCAAGAAAAGGAAGCAAGGAACAGAGCUGCCUACAUUUCCACCUUGCCCAAAUCCCCUCUGUGGUGGAGAGAUUUUGACAGGGACAAGGAUGACGAAGGCUCCUCCGGGGGCUGCGGUCCAGCUGCUGGAGGCGGAGGCUCGGGCUCGUUUCAUGGACUAGUCUUCUAA